CGUCGGGCUGCAGGAGAAGAUGGCGGUCUCCACAGGAGUUAAAGUUCCUCGUAAUUUUCGCUUGUUGGAAGAACUUGAAGAAGGACAAAAAGGAGUAGGCGAUGGUACGGUUAGCUGGGGCCUUGAAGAUGAUGAAGAUAUGACACUUACAAGGUGGACAGGCAUGAUUAUUGGGCCACCAAGGACAAAUUAUGAAAACAGAAUAUAUAGCCUGAAAGUAGAAUGUGGACCUAAAUACCCAGAAGCUCCUCCGUCAGUUAGAUUUGUAACAAAAAUUAAUAUGAAUGGAAUAAAUAAUUCCAGUGGGAUGGUGGAUGCCCGGAGCAUACCAGUGUUAGCAAAAUGGCAAAAUUCAUAUAGCAUUAAAGUUGUACUUCAAGAGCUAAGACGUCUAAUGAUGUCCAAAGAAAAUAUGAAGCUUCCACAGCCACCAGAAGGACAAACAUACAACAAUUAAUUUUAGUGGAUCUCAAACUUGUCUUAAAUCAACAACCUUCUACUCAUGUUAAUGUCUUGAUUAAAUAUCACAAUGAAAAAUACCCACACAUUAAGUAAAAGAAUUCCAGCUGGUAAACAUGACCUGGACAUUUGUAAGAAUAUAUUUAAUACAUGUACACCCAUUAUGUUUUCAGGUAACAGGAGGAAAAAUGCAGCACAUUUUUUUUUCUCUUGUUAAGGCAUUGUCAUUUAAACAUAAACCUGGAGUACUCGAAGUAGAAUUCAGGUUUACAAGAUGAAAGCGUGUGGAGAAGUGUCAGAUGGCAGUGGAAGCAUGUGUGUUUCUAAAAAGUGAAAAUCUCAAGAAAGAAAACAGAAAUGGCAUGCUUUACCCAUCUUGCUUAGUGAAAGAAAGCUGCAGUUGAAAUUGUUUAAAAAGUAGCAGGUACAACGAAUAUUGUCACAGAUGUGUUAAUUUUUGAAACGGUGUGGGUGCUGACUACUAGUAGUAUCAAAAAUAUGUUCAGGAUUGUUUUGAUACCUGUAUUUAUAAUAAAAAAUGUUGGGGGGAGUUGAUGAAUUUCUGUUAAAAGCUGUUCUUGUGUGUUACAUGUAACAGACAUGGUAAAUAUUUGUUUACAGUCUUUGUUUAACCAUGCAUUUAAGUUUAAGUGAAGUCAACAAAAAGGAAAUAGGUGUAUGGAUAUGUGAUUUUGAGAUUAAAGUUAGUCUUAAAAUGUAAAUAAAAUGUGGAACGUGUCCUCAAAAAAAAAAAA